AUUAAUGCAGUAGGAAUUGCUACUUUGACACACCUCCUGUUCCUUAUUUCUCAGAACCCAAAAGCUAAUAGACUGGAGUAAGCCUCAACUUUUUGGAAACCUGCAACUUUUACUACUUGAAAAUAUAAUUGGUUUCUUUGUUUCGUGCAUGAAAAACAAGGAGGAAAAGCUGAAGGCUGCCCAAGCCAGGUGUUUCUUGUUGGCAGCCUGCUGCCUAAUGACUGGGCUCCUAAAGAGCAGCUGCCUAUGAGUCGGCUUUGUCUGGCCUAUUGUUGGAGCACACCCCUCGUUAAUACACAUGCUGCCCCGGGCAGACCCCGAGAAUGACAUCAACUUGCUUAUCUUAGAGACCUGCGAACCUGACCCCGGGUGCUGAGGUUGGCUUGCAUCUGCCCGGCCAACUAAUUGUGAGCUCUCUGGCCUGUGAUUGGCUGUUACUCUACUCGGUAAUAGGUUAAGCAAAGACAUUGCCAUUCCAUCUGUUCAACCAUUCAUUGUUCUUCUUGCCUGCCUGCAAGUCUGCAGCUAAAACUGUGUUAAGGAGCUACUGCUGAAGCUGCUGCAGAAACCAAUGUCUUUGUAUUUUCCUGCUAACGAAUACGGGGUGCUUUGCAUUCAGGAAUAUAGAAAAAAUAGCAAAGUGGAGUCAAGUACACAUAACAGCUUCAUGGGCUUGAAGGAUCCUCUGGGGCAUGACCUAGGCCACCUUUAUGUGGAGAGCACUGACCCACAUUUAAGUACAUCUGUACCUUGGUCAAUGGUAGAGAAGCCAACAAUGGAUAAAGUCAAUUCCGGGAAGGAAGAAAAAGAGGUGUCUGAAGAGAAUACGAGCUCUGGCGACUCUGAAGAAAGCACACAUUCUGACAAUGAGUCCGAACAAUUGAGAAGCGUUUCAGUAGAGCCAUGCUUAUUAACCAAGACUCACAGACAACUGUGUAGGUCUCCCUGCUUAGAGCCUCACAUACUCAAACGCGGUGACAUUUUGCAAGACUUUAAACCUGAGGAGUCCCAGACUACAUCCAAGGAAGUGAAGAAACCCCCUGAUGUGGUGCGAGAAUACCAAACAAAACUGGAGUUUGCACUGAAGCUAGGCUAUUCUGAGGAACAGGUUCAGCUUGUGCUAAAUAAACUCGGUACCGAUGCUUUAAUCAACGACAUUCUGGGAGAACUCGUCAAGCUUGGAAAUAAAAGUGAGACUGAACAAACAGUGAGUACGAUUACCAGCGUGACGCGGGACACAUCCUCCCUGGAGUCUCAGCGCUCCGACUCUCCAAUGCAAGAGAUUGUAGCGGAUGAUGGGGAGAAUCUCAGACCAGUAGUUAUUGAUGGCAGCAACGUGGCAAUGAGCCAUGGAAACAAAGAAGUGUUUUCCUGCCGGGGAAUAAAAUUGGCAGUGGAUUGGUUUUUGGAAAGAGGCCACAAAGAUGUUACAGUUUUUGUUCCUGCCUGGAGAAAAGAGCAGUCCCGACCCGAUGCUCUCAUCACAGAUCAAGAAAUUCUGCGUAAAUUAGAGAAGGAGAAAAUCCUAGUGUUCACGCCAUCACGACGAGUGCAGGGGAGGCGGGUGGUGUGCUACGACGACAGGUUCAUCGUGAAGCUGGCUUUUGAGUCAGAUGGGAUCAUUGUGUCCAAUGACAACUACAGGGAUCUGGCCAAUGAGAAACCAGAGUGGAAGAAGUUCAUAGAUGAGCGACUGCUAAUGUACUCAUUUGUCAAUGACAAGUUCAUGCCCCCUGACGACCCUCUCGGCAGACAUGGCCCAAGCCUGGAUAAUUUUCUGAGGAAGAAACCUAUUGUUCCUGAACACAAAAAGCAGCCUUGUCCAUACGGAAAGAAGUGUACGUACGGACACAAGUGCAAAUACUACCAUCCCGAGAGGGGCAGCCAGCCACAGAGGUCAGUGGCCGACGAGCUUCGGGCCAUGUCUCGAAACACAGCGGCCAAGACCUCCAACGAAGGCGGGCUGGUCAAAAGCAACAGCGUUCCCUGCAGCACGAAAGCAGACAGCACUUCAGAUGUCAAGCGGGGUGCUCCCAAGAGGCAGUCAGAUCCAAGCAUACGGACCCAAGUCUACCAGGACCUCGAAGAAAAGCUUCCCACCAAAAACAAACUGGAAACCAGGUCUGUCCCCUCAUUGGUGAGCAUCCCGGCGACUUCCACUGCAAAACCCCAAAGCACUACAUCUCUAAGCAACGGCCUUCCAUCUGGAGUUCAUUUCCCAGCUCAGGAUCAAAGACCACAGGGACAGUACCCUCCAAUGAUGAUGGCAACCAAAAAUCACGGAACGCCAAUGCCUUACGAACAGUACCCCAAAUGUGACUCGCCCGUCGACAUCGGGUAUUACUCCAUGUUGAACGCCUACUCGAAUCUGAGCAUCUCAGGCCCGCGCAGCCCCGAGAGGCGCUUCUCCCUGGACACGGACUACCGCGUCAGCUCCGUGGCCUCCGACUGCAGCAGCGAGGGCAGCAUGAGCUGCGGGAGCAGCGACUCCUACGUGGGCUACAACGACCGCUCGUACGUGAGCUCGCCCGACCCACAGCUGGAAGAGAGCCUGAAAUGUCAGCACGUGCACCCGCACAGCCGCCUUAAUUCCCAGCCCUUCCUGCAGAACUUCCACGACCCCCUAGCUAGAGUGCAAAGCUACAGUCACGAAGAACCAAAGUACCACCCCAAGCCGCCCCUCGCGCACCUGGCCGUGCACCUGCCGCACCCGGCGGCGGGCGCCCGCUCCAGCUGCCCCGGCGACUACCCGUCCCCGCCGGGCGCCACGCACCCCAAGGCACCGCGCCUCGGCCGCUCGCUGCUGGCCACCCGGCUGGACAGCGUGUCGGACUCGCGGCUGUACGACGGCUCCCCGUCCCGGCCCAGGAAGCCCUACUCGGGCCCCGACGGCCCAGGCGGCUGGGAGAGGCCGGCGUUCGCGCCCGAGGCGGCCUACGGCUACCGGCACACCUACUCGCUGCCGGACAGCUCCACGCAGCCGGGCUACGAGCCGUUCGCCUUCCAGAGCCUGCCCGAGCGCCCGGAGCCCGCGUGGCGCGGCCCGUACUGCGCGCCGCCACCCGAGCCGCCCCGGUACCAGGACGACCGCGAGAAGGUCUACGUGAACCUGUGCAACAUCUUCCCGGCCGACCUGGUGCGGACGGUCAUGAAGAGGAACCCGCACGUGACGGACGCCCAGCAGCUGGCCGCCGCCAUCCUCGUGGAGAAGUCCCAGCUGGGCUACUGACGGACGAUGCAUCUUCGUGGUGUGGAGUCGUUCUUUCGUUCAGCUCAAAUGCUGAGGGAGGUUUGCUACAAUAGCACAUGUCAUCUCCUUCGCGGCAAGGAGGUUAAAUAGUAUCCAUUUAUGUGAAAUACUGUAUCAUGGAACCUGUACGUAGAGCCCCACAGCGUGGAAGUAUCACGGGAUUGCUUUACCUUCAAACUUUUUUUUAAACAUUUCCUUUUUAAAAGCUCUCUCCUUGGCUGGAAAUUUUUCCAGUUUGAUUUAUUAGAUGUCUCUGUGAUCUUUGAUAUUAAUCUUUGGUGCAUCAGGGGUUUAUAUGCAGCACUUUUUAUCCUUGUUUCGUGUUUUAUUACCUUGGUGUUUGUCUAUCAAUUGCGAGCAAUUACAAUACUUUCAGAAUGUCGAACAUUUGACUAGACCCUAGCCGACUAUUUUUUCAAGCCAAGCUUAAUUGGAAUCUUUUACAGCUUUUUAAGUUAUUUUUAUUUGGGGAAAGUGGGCUUCUUUGUGCUAUAAUCAUUAUUUAUAGAAACAAAGAUAUACUACAGCACUGACUUUAUAUUUUAAACAAAAUGUAAGUUACCAGUUUAUACGGAAAUGGGUAACAGUCUAUAUUAGAAUGAUUUACAAUAUGGCACUUUUCAUUGUUUUAUUUUUGUUGGGAUUUUUUUUUUCCUGUUAGGUAAUUUAGUUAAUUUAAUAUGGUUGAUUUAAAGGAAAGCAGAUGCAAUCAAUGGAAAAAAAUUGUUUCCAUUUUUUUUUCCUUAACGAAUAAGGCAAAAGCCGUAACUGUUCCAGUUUAGAGCUUUGUUAUCCAGCUAUGAUGUGCUUCUAGACGGUAGAAAUGGAAUUGAAUUCCUAGAUUCUCGUUAACCUGUAUUUUUAACGUGUUUGUCUUUUUUGUUUCGGGGCACAACAAUACUGGAUAAAAGAACCCUUUCACAGUCCUUGCCUGUUUUUAAUGAAUCUAAUUAUUCUCAAUGCAACUUUUAUAUUUAAUAUACUCUUUAGCUUUCCUGCUAUUUAUCAAGGCUGGCCUGAGGUGGGUUUAUGUGUUGAGGAUAUGCAAAAGUUAUUGAUACUGCACUAUAGGAAUGGUGGUGGAGGCGUUGUCAGUGGUAACUUAAAAUGUUUGUAAGAUACUGUAUAUUUUCCAUUUUCCUGAAGGUAGUUUUUGAGGGGCCUGUUAUAUUAUUAAGGCCAGAUUCUUGCCACAAAUAGUGUAGUUUUAGCUACAGACUAAAGUCUGUUCUAGUAUUAGUAAGGGAUAUUUCUGGUUUCAAAGUCAUGGGUUUUGCUAGAUGCGAAUUCAUUUUUGUCCUCAGAAGACAGACCUUGCAUUGAGUGGCAGACAGUCGUGUGUGCUUCACAUGACCUUCACAGUUGCCUCCAGGCUUUGAAUUUUCCUUCACGUGACAGACAUCCUGAUCUGUCUCUGUCGUCUGCCCCGAUGCCCUGGGUGUUCUGACCAUUCUAACAUGCUACAGUUUGAAGUAAAGCCCUGAAAAGCCAGAAAGUACCUUUUACUGUUGAUACAAAUUGUAUCUUUUUAACUAUAAGAACUAUUUUGAUUUGUAGAUCUAGUGAAAACACAAAUGUGUAACUAUGAUUAGACUUUUGGGCAACAUUUUAUCCCUUAUUUAAAUACAAAAUUUUAAAGUGAAAUUGAGGUCUAGGAUAGGGUAGAAAAAUAAAAGUAACGAUUUAGGUAAAUAAAAUUGUCUGUCUUAGUUUUAUAGAAUAUAUUAAAAUAUAUUAAAUACAUUUAUUGGCAUUUUCUUUCUCCUAAAACUUACCUAGUGAGAACUUAAAAAUAAAGGUAAAAUGCUGCCUGAAAAUAAUGUCCAAGCACCUUUGACUAGGAUAACAUUUUCACUACUUGUGUGACACUGUGUGUUGCAUGAAGUAGGAUUUGGGUAUACAGUAAAUGCUUCUAAAAGGCAUUGUGCAUAUUGACAUAUCCAAUAAUCUGAACCGUGUUCAGCAAACUUAAUUCAGGAAAGUGGUGUUCUACACAAUUAUUGCUGUUGUUUUUGAGGUGAGUGUGGCCCUUAUCUGUACCCAGAAACAAUACAGAUGGUGACACAAACCAUCCCGAGUGGUGUCCGGGUGUGACCCUACUCGCUUGUGAAUCUGUUCUCCUUGAUUUCGUCGGUCACUAUCUGUAGAACAAGUUUAAGUGUAGAAGCUAAGUGAGUGCCAAAAAAAAAGGGGGGGGGUUACAGAUGUGGAGUACCUUUUAUUUUAGUCAUGUUUUAAGCCUUUUUUUUAAAGUAUGAAAUCCUUUUUAAAUUGUAGAUUUCGCUCGCAUUUUCUUAAUGUUAGCAUUUUCACUAUCUGAAGAGUCUGCCAAACAUUACUAAACUUAUUUAAAUGAGAUCUUCAGCGAAAUGUGUAUCAGACUUUUAGUUUGAUGUUCUCGUGUUUUUAGCAAACUUGUCUGUUACUGCUUCAUGGAUUUUAGACCAUGGAACAUAGUGUAGCUUGCCACUACCUGUCCUGAAGUGAAUAGCUCUGAAUUACUCACACUGAAAUCCUUCAGUAUAAUGAAUUGUGAGUUAAGAAAUAGCAGUUUUUUUAUGUCAAGAGGACAGUUUGUCCCCCUCUCUUUUCUUUUUUUUUUUUUUUUUUUUUAAGCACCCAUGUUGCUUUCAGAGCUUAAGAAUGAGAUAUUUGGCAGGCUUUAGACACAGCAAAUUCUUCAUUCUCUAAAGCAAUAAGUAAAAGGAUCCACCAUUCAAUUAAAUCCAUAGCUGAUCCCAAACCUUCAUUGUAGCCAAAACUUUCACCUUAAUCCUGUCUUUUACCAGAUUCACUCACAGAUAACUGGAGAGGGAGGUGUUAGUAGAGAAACUGCCCAGAGUGGUCAACCAAUAGGAGAGAAAAAACUCAGAUUGGAUUAUUCUGCCCCUGAAUAGUUGACAGUUGAUUGUCCUUUCCCCAGCAAGGAGCCGGUGCACUGUCUCUGUGUCUUACUACAGAGGGAGUAGCAGCCAGCUGGCCAGAUCCUGGCCCUCACGGUUCCCUCCCUGCACGUACGUUUCCCAUCUGUUGAUAUCUCUGUAUCCUGAUAGAGUUUGUCAUUGACCUCAACAUUUGAAAGAAAUGCACACCAGUAUAAAAUGUGUGAUACUGGUAGAAACUUGAACUUUGUGCUUUUAUGAAGUUUCCUUGAUGAGAAUAUGUAAUAUAACUUUAAAAAAAGCAUUUUAUAUGUAUAUAUACAUACAUACAUGCCUACGUAUUUGUCAUGAAGUAUUAAAAACAGGAGAGGGUGUUACGCUUUUGGUGGCUGAACUUCCCUUCAUUGAACUAUGUUUGAGUUGUGGAUGACCAAGACUGGAGUCUGGAUGACCAACGAUAAGAUUUUAGAACCACCUGAAUGGAAAGCAACUCUUCGAUGGUUUUAUUCCUGGUUUUAAAGAGUUAUUUUGAUAAUUUUAAUAGAAUGUGUCAUUUUAAAACACACAAAAAAAAGUAGUAUUGAUUAUACAGAUAAUUAUUUAACAUGUCUUUUACGGAUGUAUCUAUGUAUAUGGACAGUAAUAUAUUUAUAAACAAAUAUACUUUGAUUAUGUUGUAGCUAUUAGUUUGUGAUAGGUUAGCUAUGGCUCUGGAUACCUGUGUGUGUGUGUUUUGAAAACUCUCGAGCUGUCCCCCCCGCCCCUCCCCCAAUUUACGGGCACUGACCCGAAGGUAUAUUUGUUUUCAUUCUCAUUUUUGCUCUCCGACUUACUUCCUCAAGAUGAGCUUCCUAGGUAUACACCCACGGAUAAAACGAAGUGUAAAACCCAUGAACUACACACGUGCAUUAGCGUAAGAAAAAGCAGAGCUCGUAGUAGAGAACAUGCGAUAUUUCAGAUUGGCCUGCGAGACUCCUAGGGCAGUGGCUGACAGACCUGUUCUGUGAAGGGUCAGGCAUAACCAGUCCGAGUUUUGAGAAGCAUCUGGUCUCUGUCACCUGCUCACCUCUGCACGUAGCACCAGAGCAGCCACAGACAAGAGGCUGAGUGAGCCAUGUGCAAAGGCCUCUACUCACAGGAACAGGCAGCGGGCCAGCGGGGCUGGUGGUUGGAGUCCUCGCAGCCCUGUCCCAGGGGGGGAAAACCCAGGAUUAUUAAGCCCUAAGCCCUGGUACGAAUGUGUUCGUAGAAGAACUAAGAACUGUAGUUCGGUUGACAUUCAAAGACCGUGUUAUUUAUUGACCACCUUCAAAAGAGGAUUGCGAGACGGUCCUACUAAAGCAUCCUCAUUUACUUGUUUAUUCUAUCCUGUCCAUCACUUACUAGAGAUAUUUCUUAAUGUUAAACCGCACACACGAAAAAAAAGCAUUCUGUCAACAGAUGUUUUAAUAAGUAUUGAAAUUUUUUCAUGAACUUUGUAUUUCUAUUGAUAAGAUGGGAAUACCUUACCUACAUUUAGUUUUUUAAGGGCCUCAUGGACCAAAAAUUCUGUUGUAUCUUGAAAAUUAGCAUGUAAUUAGCCACAAAAUAUUUUAAAGACUGCAUCUGUCAGUUACAUCUUUCUGGUUUUUUGACUUAAAAAAAAAAAGACAGAUGUGCCCUUCUUUAAAAAUGGUUUUAAAGAAGAUAAAUAUAUUGUAAUUUCACAUAUUAUAGCUUUAUUCUGUAAGAUUAAAAAUUGUGACUAGUAUAAUUGUAGCUAUAACGUGCAUUUGCUGUAUUUGUGAUUCUUUAUAAGAAACCAAGCGUAUCCCGGCUUUCUCUGUCCAGACCUUUAGUAUAGAUCUUUUUAGAUGCCUUAGGACGAUCCUUGAUGAAUGAUAUUCUUAACAUGAUCAUGUGUGAUUUUAAAUUCAUUGGAACUACACACUGCUGAGCGUGUUCAUUCACAGUGCUUUAUAAAUUGUGUUAACAUUAUUUCCACAAGAACAUUAAAUAGUUUUGAACAUCACCAUACACUUUAGAUAUCCUUUCUUUUACAAAUGGAAUACAGCUCUAGCUUUUAAUAGUGUUUACUGUUUAAAAGGGUUUUGGUUUCCCCCGCCCCCCUAAUGCCAUCUGUUAAGCUGCUUUUUACUUUGUUACAGUAACACCGAGAUGUGUUAGGAGUAGCUUUUUCCCUAUGGUCCCUAGUCUUAAGAUUAAAAAACAAUUUAAAGUUUUGACCAUUUGGCAAUUAAACAAUUUUUGAACAGUCUGUGCAUCUUUUAAUUUAGUUUGAUAAAAUUUGUAAAACUUCACUUUUAAACCAUGUACCAAAUCUGCCAGUUGUGUGUAUGAGAUGAAAUUUUUCAGAUGAAAAAUUGUUGUCCAUUAAAGCAUUUGACCUCUCUCUUA